AUGGAAAGAGAUUUUGGGGUAAAACCAAAAUCCGAACACUAUGCAUGUAUGAUUGAUCUUUUGGGCAGAGCUGGGCAGUUGAACCAAGCCUUGGAGUUCAUCGAAAGGAUGCCUGUGAAACCAGAUGCCGGUGUCUGGGGAAGAUAUGUUCUCUUGUCCAACAUAUAUGCAUCAUUGGGAAAAAGAAAAGAAGCUUAUAAGAUUAGAAACUUAAUGAAAAGCAGAGGUGUGAAGAAAAUAGUUGGUCGGACUAGUAUAGAGAUUAAGGGCUAUAUCUAUACGUUCGUGUCUGAGGAUCGAUUGAACCCCGAAACGGAACUAAUAUAUUUGGAGUUGGGCAAACUUAUGGAGAGGAUUAGACAAGGGUAUGUACCGGAUUUAAACUUUGCAUUGCAUGAUGUGAAGGAGACAAGGGAGAUGAUGUUGUAUGCACACAGUGAGAAGCUGGCCAUCGUUUUCGGGUUGAUAAAGUCGGGGCACGAGAGCUCAAUUCGAAUAACAAAGAACUUGAGAGUGUGGGGAUUGUCACACUGCUACAAAGUUCAUUUCCAAGGUUACAGGAAGGGAAAUUGUGGUGAGAGAUUCCAUCAUUUUGUGAAUGGAACUUAUUCUUGUGCGGAUUAUUGGUGA